UCCCUCCUGGAGAUGUGAGAUUUGGGGCUGACUUGAUUACUAGUGAGUUCUAGAACUUGGGCCAGCUGUAUAAAACUACCGUGGACCUCAGUUCUUCUUCUUUUUUUUUUUUUUUGCUGUCAAAUCUGUCCUGUGCCCCAGAUGGCCACAGGACCAGCCUCACAGGGUUUUGGUGAAGACCAGAUGGACUUAGCAGGAUGUCAUGGUUUAGUGGCCUCCUGGUCCCCAAAGUGGAUGAACGGAAAACAGCCUGGGGCGAGCGCAAUGGGCAGAAGCGUCCACACCGCGGGACUCGCCCCAGCGGCUUCUGCACACCCCAUUAUAUGAGCUGCUUUCGGGGUGCACAGCCACCCAGCCCGACCCCCGCAGCCGCGCCUCGGUGCCCCUGGCAGGAGGAGGCCUUCAUCCGGAGGGGUAUCCCAGGCAAGGGCCCGGAGCUGGGGCUGCGGGCCGUGGCCCUGGGCUUCGAGGACCCUGAGGCGACCGUGGCAGUCGGGGACACUGAGGGGGCCCCCGACGCGGCCGCCAGGAGCAGGAGAGCUUGCUGGCGCCGGCUGGCGCGGGUGUUCCAGUCGAAGCAGUUCCGCUCGGCCAAGCUGGAGCGCCUGUACCAGAGGUACUUUUUCCAGAUGAACCAGAGCAGCCUGACACUGCUGAUGGCGGUGCUCGUGCUGCUCACGGCCGUGCUGCUGGCCUUCCACGCGGCGCCUGCCCACCCUCAGCCUGCCUACGUGGCCCUGCUGGCCUGCGCCGCCAUCCUCUUCGUGGCGCUCAUGGUGGUGUGCAACCGACACAGCUUCCGCCAGGACUCCAUGUGGCUGGUGAGCUACGUGGUGCUGGGCAUCCUGGCAGCCGUGCAGGUCGGCGGCGCCCUGGCAGCCAGCCCCCGCAGCCCUUCUGUAGGCCUCUGGUGCCCCGUGUUCUUCGUGUACAUCACCUACACACUCCUCCCCAUCCGCAUGCGAGCCGCCGUCUUCAGUGGCCUGGGCCUCUCCACCCUGCACUUGAUCUUGGCCUGGCAACUCAACCGUGGUGAUGCCUUCCUCUGGAAGCAGCUCGGUGCCAACAUGCUGCUGUUCCUCUGCACCAAUAUCAUUGGCAUCUGCACACACUACCCGGCUGAGGUGUCUCAGCGCCAGGCCUUUCAGGAGACCCGUGGUUACAUCCAGGCCCGGCUGCACCUGCAGCAUGAGAAUCGGCAGCAGGAGCGGCUGCUGCUGUCUGUGUUGCCCCAGCAUGUUGCCAUGGAAAUGAAAGAAGACAUCAACACAAAGAAAGAAGACAUGAUGUUUCACAAGAUCUACAUCCAGAAGCAUGACAAUGUUAGCAUCCUGUUUGCGGACAUUGAAGGCUUCACCAGCCUGGCAUCCCAGUGCACGGCGCAGGAGCUGGUCAUGACCCUGAACGAGCUCUUUGCCCGGUUUGACAAGCUGGCUGCGGAAAAUCACUGCCUGAGGAUCAAGAUCUUAGGGGACUGUUACUAUUGUGUGUCAGGGCUGCCGGAGGCCCGGGCAGACCAUGCCCACUGCUGUGUGGAGAUGGGGGUGGACAUGAUCGAGGCCAUCUCGCUGGUGCGCGAGGUGACAGGUGUGAACGUGAACAUGCGCGUGGGCAUCCACAGCGGACGCGUGCACUGCGGCGUCCUUGGCCUGCGGAAAUGGCAGUUCGAUGUGUGGUCCAAUGACGUGACUCUGGCCAAUCACAUGGAGGCCGGGGGCCGGGCCGGCCGCAUCCACAUCACUCGGGCCACGCUGCAGUACCUGAACGGGGACUACGAGGUGGAGCCGGGCCGUGGUGGGGAGCGCAACGCCUACCUCAAGGAGCAGCACAUCGAGACCUUCCUCGUCCUGGGGGCCAGCCAGAAACGGAAGGAGGAGAAGGCCAUGCUGGCCAAGCUGCAGCGGGCGCGGGCCAACUCCGUGGAGGGGCUGAUGCCACGCUGGGUGCCCGACCGCACCUUCUCCCGGACCAAGGACUCCAAGGCUUUCCGGCAGAUGGGCAUUGAUGAUUCCAGCAAAGACAACCGGGGUGCCCAGGACGCCCUGAACCCUGAGGAUGAGGUAGACGAGUUCCUGGGCCGCGCCAUCGAUGCCCGCAGCAUCGAUCAGCUGCGCAAGGACCACGUGCGCCGGUUCCUGCUCACCUUCCAGAGAGAGGAUCUUGAAAAGAAGUACUCGCGAAAGGUGGACCCCCGCUUCGGAGCCUACGUGGCCUGUGCCCUGUUGGUCUUCUGCUUCAUCUGCUUCAUCCAGCUCCUCGUCUUCCCACCCUCAGCCCUGAUGCUUGGGAUCUAUGCCAGUAUCUUCCUGCUGUUGCUGGCCACCGUGCUGACCUGCGCCGUGUACUCCUGUGGCUCUCUGUUCCCUCAGGCCCUGCGACGUCUGUCUCGCAGCAUCGUCUGCUCGCGGGCACAUAGCACUGCGGUUGGCAUCUUUUCCGUCCUGCUUGUGUUCACCUCUGCCAUCGCCAACAUGUUCACCUGUAACCACACGCCCAUACGGACUUGUGCAGCCCGGAUGCUGAAUUUAACACCUACUGACAUCACCGCCUGUCACCUGCAGCAGCUCAAUUACUCACUGGGCCUGGAUGCUCCCCUGUGUGAGGGCACCGCACCCACUUGCAGCUUCCCUGAGUACUUCGUCGGGAACGUGUUGCUGAGUCUCUUGGCCAGCUCUGUCUUCCUGCACAUCAGUAGCAUCGGCAAGUUGGCCAUGAUCUUUGUCCUGGGGCUCAUCUAUUUGGUGCUGCUUCUGCUGGGUCCCCCGGCCACCAUCUUUGACAACUAUGACCUACUGCUUGGCGUCCAUGGCUUGGCUUCUUCCAAUGAGACCUUCAGUGAGCUGGACUGCUCAGCCGCAGGGAGGGUGGCACUCAAAUAUAUGACCCCCGUGAUUCUGCUGGUGUUUGCACUGGCGCUAUAUCUGCAUGCCCAGCAGGUGGAAUCAACUGCCCGCCUGGACUUCCUCUGGAAACUGCAGGCAACAGGGGAGAAGGAGGAGAUGGAGGAGCUCCAGGCAUAUAACCGGCGGCUGCUACAUAACAUUCUGCCCAAGGAUGUGGCCGCCCACUUCCUUGCCCGGGAGCGCCGGAACGAUGAGCUCUACUAUCAGUCAUGUGAGUGUGUGGCCGUCAUGUUUGCCUCCAUUGCCAACUUCUCUGAGUUCUAUGUGGAGCUCGAGGCAAACAAUGAGGGUGUCGAGUGCCUGCGGCUGCUCAACGAGAUCAUCGCUGACUUCGAUGAGAUCAUCAGCGAGGAGCGGUUCCGGCAGCUGGAGAAGAUCAAGACGAUUGGUAGCACCUACAUGGCUGCCUCUGGGCUGAAUGCCAGCACCUAUGAUCAGGUGGGCCGCUCCCACAUCACUGCCCUUGCCGACUACGCCAUGCAGCUCAUGGAGCAGAUGAAGCACAUCAACGAGCACUCCUUCAACAAUUUCCAGAUGAAGAUCGGGCUGAACAUGGGCCCAGUUGUGGCAGGCGUCAUUGGGGCUCGGAAGCCGCAGUAUGACAUCUGGGGGAACACAGUGAAUGUCUCUAGCCGCAUGGACAGCACGGGGGUCCCCGACCGAAUCCAGGUGACCACGGACCUGUACCAGGUUCUGGCGGCCAAGGGCUACCAGCUGGAGUGUCGAGGGGUGGUCAAGGUGAAGGGCAAGGGGGAGAUGACCACCUACUUCCUCAAUGGGGGCCCCAGCAGUUAGCAGGGCCCAGCUACAAAUUCGGCUGAAAGGACCAAGGUGGGCAUUUGAGUGGACUCUGUGCUCGCUGGGGGAGGCUGUGACAGGGGGCGCUGAGCCUCCAGACCCUGCUGACCACAAAAGGGAACACCCCAGCAGACUGUACUUGGACCAUGCUCGUCUGCCCUCAGGCUGGUGAAUGAGGGGAUACCAAGAGGAUUACCCAAGAGGCUUUCUUUCUUAACUGGGCUCCGGGGAAAGGGGCAUCUGGUCUCAUUGGUACUGUGAAAAAUGCCCAGCCGGAGAGCAAGCGUGUGCGUGGGGAUGUCAGAAGAUCAGGAGCUGGAUGUUCGCCUGCAGGUGCCAAAGAGAGCAGGCCGGCCAGGGGCGGGGGUGGUGCCAGACUCUCAUCCGAAGGUCAGCAUCGGGCCACUCUGCCCCAGCGCUCUCUUGCUGUCUGCUGUGAGGGGGCACGGAGCACCUCUACCCCUUCUGUUGCCAAAUAGAAAAGGGCCAGGGCAUGGAGGAAGAUGACCCUGAUCCCAAACCAGCCGCGCCAAGCCUCUGGCACUGGGGAGGGCCUGUGUGUCUGUGUAACCGUGCGCGCACAGUGGUGUGUGUGUGUGUGUGUGUGUGUGUGUGUGUGUGUGCGCGCACACGUGCCUGUCUGUCUGUCUUCUCGGUCUGUGUGUCUUUGCACUCCUGCUCUUGGCUCUCCACCCUGGGUUGCUUCAUUCCUGUGGGCCUCUGUCUUCUGGGAAUCAGGCAGGAUUUCUGGUUUCAAGGGGUGGAGGCAGAUGGGCCUGUUGCACAGGCGUGGGGUGGGGUGGGGUGUGGUAGCAAGAGGGUGGCCCUGGGGAGAGGAGUCCUUUUUUGUGCCAAAUCCCUAAGUGCCGUUUGGGGCCACGUGUGCAGCAUGACUGUCUCCCUGCCUGGGGCCGGGAGCCAGGCGCCUGCAUGAGGCCCGCAGUGCUCCUUGCACUUGAACCGUCUGGGGUUUGGUGGGCGGAGGCUCGGGAGUUUCCUGGGCUCCCCAGCUGGUGUCCUGGGAUGUGGUAUGCUUUGGGGCUGGGGUAGCAUGGGAUCCCUCUGAGGACCCAGAUUCUGGUACUAAGGGCUAGGGGAGGGGAACCUGGACCUCAGCCUUCCCCAGCCUUCAGCUUGAGCCUAGCGUGCUCCGGGCUCCCCAGUCCUCACGAAGCCUGCAAGAGCUGGCAGGAGGGUUAGGAGGGCUGGACCCUAGAUUCCCUUCCUAUCCCUGCCUGCCUUUUACCCUCUUCCCUGCAACCUCCUUGCCUCUGGACUGAAUUAGUUGGUGCCUUGGUUUCUCUGUCUGUACCUAUUUAAGCCAGAGGCAUUAGCCAGGAUUCUGCUUGAAGAUCGCUUUGUCUUUGAGGCGUUAGAGAGGCAGAGGAGAGAGGGUCCCGGAGUUGCUGGGUUUGGGGAUUGGAAGGGGCAGGUGGUAGUCUUGCCCUUUCUCAUGUCCUUUCUGACUCUAGCUCCUCGCAGAAGCCUGGUUUCUGGCUCGUACUGCCUGCUUUGGGGGAUCUUCAAUGCAUCAACCAAAUGGGCCAUCAGUCACUUCAUUAGCCAGGGCAGGAGAAGGGGAAAAGACUAGCUGGUCCAGACAGAAAGUCAGCUCCCCUCCCCUCAGCCACAUCCCUAGACAGGAAGGUUCUGCGUGGGGUCCUGGGGUGGGGAUGAGGCUGUAAGGAGACCAGAGUGGGAAGACUGCAGUCUUGGGUGACUUGUCUCUGCUUCUUGCCAGGUGGGAGGGGCCUGUCCACACCCUGGCUCCCUGUACCGCAGUGCCAGCCGUGUGCUUCCCCCGGGCUGACGUUGCCCCCUUCCUCGCCAGUUGGGGGUGGGGGAUGUCAGUGGAUGGGAGGCCCGUGGACUUUGGUUUUAUAAUGUAACCAGUGUGUGUGUGU